AUGCAGCGGAUUCCCUUCAAAGAGUAUGCGCAGUAUGUUUGCUUCAGUGCAACGCAUCAUGGACUCGUCCUCUUCUACUUCUCUGUGAUCAACACAGGUUUGUGUUAGGAGAUUUGUGUCACAAUCUUCUCAAUCUCGCCCGAAACUUUGAAUCAUCGGUGUCUAUUACAUAAUAAAAUGAUAUCUUCAUUAUUCACGAACAGCACUAUGCUGUUAUUUUUCUUUUGAUUUCCAUAGUAUGGCUCCAAGAAAGGGUCAAAAACAACAAGGUGGAGAACAGAACAUCUCUCUUGGUCCUCAGGUACAUGUAGUGUUCCAGAACACUUGGAAUUUUGUUUGGGAUAAAUUUUUUGAGCCAUUUCUGUAGUCUUAAAUUUUUUGAACGUUUGAAUUUCAGGCCAGUGAAGGUGAAGAUGUCUUCGCUGUUGCACACAUCUUCGCUUCGUUCAACGAUACUUUCGUGCACAUUACUGAUCUGUCUGGAAAGUGAGUCGUCUUUUCCGUUUGAUCAAGUUUCUUCUUCCCAACCUGUCGUGGGACUUUUUUGCCAUUUUAUCGUUGUUGUUAUUUUUUCUCUUCCAUUUGAAUUGUUGAAGGAACAUCAGUGAUAUCUGAAAUGCAAGUAAUAAUUUAUAAAAAUAGUUUUAUCGACGCACUUCGUUUUACACAUUCAGGUGGUGAUGUUUAUGAAAUACGCUGAUCACCAGAUAUAAUUAGAAGGCUCUAAGCUUGCAUUUCAGUAGAGCUAACAGAAUAGUAAAGCUACAGUCAGAUUAAUUCAAUACGACUUCACUUGAGGCCUUCUUAGUUUAACCUGUAACCCUUUCACUCCUACAAGUGACUAAGACAGAAUUUCUCCUUACAAUAUCAAUACAAAUCAAGCAGGUAGGUGAUGAGAAUAGAGAAAAAUGUCAAUCGUGGGAUUACUAGUUGAUCCAAUACCAAAUUCUCUGAACCAACGUCAUAAGAAUUGUAUGGCAGAUAGUAAGGAGAAUUACUAAUAAGAUCUUGGGAGUGAAAGGGUUAACUCCCAAGAUCUGAUUGUUAAUUCUCCCAUCCAGCUGCUAUAUAUUUCCUUGUGAAUUAGUUACUAGUGAUGUUGGAUCAAGACAACAACUUCUACCCACUAAGUUUGAAUAUUCUCAUCACCUGUUUGCUGGAUGAUGUAUAGAUAUUAUAUGGAGAAAUAACUUGUUAAUCACUUUUGGGAGAAAAAGGGUCAAGCACUGAGCUUUUAGCUAGGGAGGAAUAUAAAAUCUGAAGCAUCAUUCAAGUUUAAUUUCCAUGACUCGGCAAAUGAGCUUAUAUGAGGAUGUUUUUUUUUCCCCCACAGGCAAUACUUUUGAAUAAAUCAUGAUAUACCCCCUUACUCUAUUAAGUUUGCAAAUUGAAGAUGUUAAAAAUAGUUAUUGUUUUUUAUCAGAGAAACAGUUGUUAGAGUAACAGGAGGAAUGAAAGUAAAGGCUGAUCGUGAUGAGGUAAGUAUUGCAUUGUAUUCUUGUCUCCUGAAAGUGAAGGUUAGAUCUUGCACUUUGGACGAGAUGACCUUAGUGAGUUGAAUGCAGGCAAUGAUGUCUUUAAUAUACGCUGAUGUCCAGUGAUAAGAAACAUGCUCUGAGCUUGCUUCAUUCAUGGUACAUUUUGUUAGAUGUUCUGUAUAUAUACAUUAAUAUAUAACAUAUUAUUAAAAAAAAAAGGGUUAUAGAAGGGAGGAACUUAAUCCUCAUUGUAUACUAUACCCCAGAGAUAAAAAUUUAAUACUAUGCAAUAUACAUACUGAAACAUUUUACAAACAGGCAUAUAUCUAUAUAAAUAUAAAAUCUAAAUAAAGAAGACAUAUCCAAGGCUGUGCUCUAGGAAAAUUUUCAGGGCGCCCUUUGGGCGCCUAACCAUGACAAGUAGGUCACCCAGCCUUCCAGGUUGGUCACCCAAAUUGAUUAAUUAAUAAUUAAUUGAUUAAUUAAUAAUCCAUGACGUUUUGAAAGAGUAGCGUUGUAUACUUCUUACAGUUCCAGGGAAUCUGCAGAAUUGCCAAACAGUUUCAUCUUUAAUCUCUCUCGUUUAAUAUUCACUUCACCGGGCACAGGCGGCGAAGCGAGUUACUAUAUUUAGCAGUCACUCACACAAUAUUUAGGCCUUGUUAAGUAAUGUUGAUUUAAGAGCUUUCUUAAAAACAUUCAUUGAGUCAAGUUCAACUACUGAUGACAGUAAACUGUUCCAUGUGUUGAUAUAUCUGUGCCAAAAAGAGUACUUAAAGAGUACUUCUGUACAAGUGAGUAUCUAAAAUCUGGGACUCAAACCACUUGAAAAAUGUUGCAAUGAUACAGCUGUUCAGAAUCUGAUAAGUGUAGUGUUUUUGUGCUGUAUUUUUUUAAUUUGUUUUUUUUUUUUGUGAAGAUUCUUGUUAAGGAGAGUCUUCUCUCCUGAUUGUUGUUAUUAUUGUAUUUCUUUUUCAAUGAAUAGUUACCCUUUUCAAUGGAGCAAUUCUAUUUAAACAGUGACAUAGUUGUGCUUAAAUAUAGUGCCAUAGGGUAACUAUCUGCUUACAGAAAUUUUUUAGUCCUAGAUUUAGGAUUUCCAUACCUGUUAUUCCAUGUAACUAAACACUUUUUUUAUGUUGCUUACAUGGCAGUCAAAGUAAUUGAGUCCCCUGGGCUGAUUUAUUUACUCAAUGAAUAUCAUCUGUUUCAGGCUUCCCCUUAUGCUGCAAUGUUGGCCGCGCAAGAUGUGGCUGCUAGGUGCAAAGAGAUUGGUAUUACUGCUCUGCAUAUUAAGCUUAGGGCAACUGGAGGCAACAGGUUGGUGUGUUUCCUAGGUUAUUAUAAAUCUCUUAACAGUCCCCAUUGGGACAAGAAAAUAAUGCCUCGGGGAUUUUGAAACCAAGAAAAUCAUGUAUAGAAUGUUUCAUGGAAACUCCAUCUAUAUGGUAUUUACACACAAGUUGGUAGUAUUGGAAAUUGAAUGAAUGAGUGCAGCUAACAAGUGAGAUUUCUGAUACAAACUGAUAAGUGCGUAAAUACCAUACGGACAGACUUUCCAUGGUGUAUUGUAUUUAUUAUAUACAUACAGAGAUUCAAUUCUUGUUUAAUGACAAUUUAUUGUUUGGCAGAUUCAAGGCAAAAUCUCAUAAAUUGAAAGAUGUUAACCAUAAAAAUUGCCUUUUCAUCAGAAACAAUGCAACACUACUGACAGCAAGUGAAAAAUAGCAAAAUACUUCACUAUGCUUGAAACAAAGCAUCUUCAACUUGAGGGUUCAUAAUCUUCUCUGUCUUUUUGUUGAACCAAGCAAAUGAACUUCUUGAGAUGUAUGCUAAAUUUUCAGUUUUCUCCUGUUGCAAAAAUUAUUUGAAUAGUUUCAAAGCUCGCUGCUUUGUUUUAUCCUUUUCUCCCUUUGUUUUCCUCCUUCUACUUGCUUUGUAUUCUGCAUUAUGUUCCACAGAGUAUUCUUUGUCAUCUUAGCCCAGAUAGCGGAUUAUUGAUAAUAUUCUGAACAGCUGAAAAAUUAAAUGAUGCCGGUCUAAAUGGAAUUAGAAUCACCUUGAUAUGUUUCAUACAUGAAAAACAUGAAAUGUGGCUCCUGGUUAAACAUAUUGUUUUCCUCACACUUAAAUGAAAGCUAUACUUUGACCAACUUUUGUACAAAAAUUUAUUUUGCCCCUUUUCAUUGUGUAAAUCUCAAUAAGUAAAUAAUAAAUAACCAUGAUGUAUGCAUGACUCUUGCUUCUAUUUCAGAACAAAGACUCCUGGCCCCGGUGCCCAGUCUGCUCUGCGAGCUCUUGCUCGUUCCGGAAUGAAGAUCGGACGUAUUGGUAAGAUACAAAGCACUUUUACUGCUGUUCUCCUUAAUUUCCUUACUAGUGGGUUGACUAGAUUUGUCUUUUUAUGCCUGAUUCAUGAGUGGUGACACUAGAAAAUUUGGUCUAAACACAAUGGCAAGUAUGUGUAGAUGUGACCCAAUUGUCUAUUUGACCUGUGGUGAUAUACCCAUUUAAGAAAAAAAAGAGGUUUUUUUUGUUGUAGUUGCUGCAUACUACUAUAUGCCCAAGUGGUUUCAGCUGUGCCCUUUUGCAAACUUCUUCUUUAAAAAAACUCCGCUUAUACACUUCCGUGUAUGCCUUUCUCCAGCAAAAAAAAAAUAACAUGUUAGAGUGGAGGUCCAAAGCAGGGCUGUAAUAAAACCUCAAACCUGCCACAGUUUAUAUAGGUGUUUUUCCCUUUGCUACCAAAAUCUGCUGUUAACAUAAACCUCCCACUGCAUUUUCCUUUUUAUCCCCUUUUCUAAUUCCAAAAAGGCUCGUGUUGGCCAAAACUUAAGUAUAUAUGUUUUUGUUUAACAGAGGAUGUUACUCCAAUACCUUCAGACAGCACAAGGAGAAAGGGUGGUCGCCGUGGACGACGUCUGUAAAUUUGCGCCUGUGACAAGCGGUGAAAUAAAAAAUAACAACUCUAGAGACAAGUGCUUGUGUCCUUUUUGAAAACGUUUUUCGGCUAUUAGAGAUGUUCAUCGGGAAGUAUCCCUUCCCCUCUCACCCAAAGGCUUGAAAGGAUCGAAGACACGGCUCAAUGAGCAGCCAGUCUCCGAGAUUGAUUAAAGAUCGGGCUCAGAAUUAAAACGAAAAAAUAAAUGGCUGAAGUUGGGGCUGUCAGGAAAGUCUUCGAGGCAAAAGCGACUAGACUACUACUGCUUAAUCCCCGUUUUCAUCAGCAUAAAGUGACUUAAUGUUAUUUCCGCGAGAUCUGUGUUUCGUAUGCAGAAAGAAUAUCUUGUCUUGUCUCUCCACACGGUUG